GUAAGCGGGUUAGCAGCUAGAAGACGUGAAGGUGCACAGCCGGUUUAACUUGCAUCACACCAACCUCUGGGUCAGACGUCUCUGCUGCUCACAAGGAAAGCUGCCACAUUUCCACCAUCACAAUGGCAGACAACAACAUCCCAAGCUUUAAGGCAGCUGACCUGGUUGUUGAGCUGUCCUCGACUCCAAAGACCAAACCGAACGUGGUCUCCUUCGGGUCCGCCUUCACUGACCACAUGCUGACCAUAGAGUGGAGUGCGAGUGAGGGCUGGCAGGCUCCGGUCAUCAAGCCCUUUGGUAACCUGUCGCUCCACCCAGCCUGUUCGUCACUACACUACGCCAUACAGCUGUUUGAAGGGCUUAAAGCAUACCGUGGGGAUGACAACAAACUGCGUCUCUUCAGACCGAUGCUCAACAUGACACGCAUGUCCAACUCUGCAAAGAGAGCUUGUCUACCUGCCUUUGAUCAGUCAGAGCUUCUGGAGUGUAUCAGGCGACUGGUAGAGACUGAUCAGGACUGGGUUCCUCACUCAGACUCAGCCAGCUUGUACAUCAGACCAACAUUUAUUGCCACUGAGACCUGUCUGGGUCUGAAGAAGCCUUCCAGUGCCUUGCUGUAUGUGAUCAUGUGUCAAGUGACCUCCUACUUUGACAAUGACGCAGAGGCCCUGUCCAUGUGGGCCGACCCAAAGUACACACGGGCCUGGAAAGGAGGAACUGGAGACUGCAAGAUGGGAGGGAACUAUGGAUGUACUUUGUCCGUCCAGUGUGAAGCAGUGAAUCAUGGGUGUCAGCAGACGCUGUGGCUGUACGGAGAGGACCACCAGCUAACUGAGGCAGGCACCAUGAACAUCUUCCUGCACUGGAUCAAUGAGGAUGGAGAGGAAGAACUUGCAACUCCUCCUCUGGACAGCAUCAUACUUCCAGGUGUGACCCGACAGAGCAUCCUGGAACUAACCAGAGAAUGGGGUGAGAUUAAGGUGACGGAGCGCUACCUGACCAUGAGCCAGCUGUGCUCUGCUCUGAAGCAGCAGCGGGUCAAAGAGCUGUUUGGCUCUGGUACUGCUGCCAUGGUCUGUCCCAUAGGACACAUUGUUUACCAGGGAGAGAACUUGUACCUCCCCUGUCAGGAUAAAAACUCACAGCUGACCUCACGGAUAGCAAAGGAACUCACAGAUAUACAGUAUGGACGCACGCCCAGCGACUGGACCUUCCUGGUGUAGCAGCAAGGAAGAAGCCUGCACGUGCACAAAGACAAAUGCGUGCACAAGAGGGACGCACUGCACAUGUGCAUUAAUAAGAAAACAAUGUGCAAUAUUUGUAGUCUCACUGCAAUAUGCUGGCUGUGUGGCGAGUGUGUCGUACCACUUUACCUCCUUUUAAGCUUAAAUUAAUGACAAACACACAACUGUCCAAAAUAAUUAACAUAAGUAGGCUAAUGUCUCAUGCAAUACUGCACAAUAGCUUACAGUAACCCAGCCACCACGGCUUAUUCUGCUGCUUUCCAACCAAGAUCCAGCAUACAGCUGUGGCUGCGAUCAAACAUGAAAAGAGAAAAUAUAUGUGAGAUGUUAGAGUUACAGAGAAUUUCAUAUCACUUGUGUAAGAGUUACGAAGCAUCUACAAGACGACCCUAACUAAUUAACUAAUCUUCAUUUGGGCAUGGCAUGAAAACAAUAAAAUAAUUGUACCAUCUCAAAGUUUUAUUCAACAGCAGUUUAAAGUGUUGAAAGUAUUACUGAGACCAUUUUCAGGUUUUAAGUGUGAAUUUUUUCUUUACAGUUUUAGUUUGUACUUUUUAUUGUUUCAGAUAAUGUCUUGAAAUUUUGGGCAUUUAUCCUAUUAAUAUAAACUAUUUUUUAACAUUUAGAGUCUACAGACAGGGCAUUGCACACAUUACCUUUUAGCAAGACCAUCAGACAAACGCAUUGUAAGACCAGAAGUAACACACAGAAGUUUCUUUACUACCUCGUAGAACUUGUUAUUAAGUCAGUAGUGAGGGACAAAUAGUAUUCAGGUCUGUGUGAAUGGGUUCUUGGAUUAGAGAAGUGUCUCUUGCUGUUAAUAUAGUGAGAGAAAAGUUCUGCUCACCAUCACACAUUUGCACUCAUUGAAAAUGGAUCGUCAAUAUGAAUACUGUAAUGUUUUAUGGCGAUUUAUGCAUGAUGCACUUUGCUCUGGAGUUAAAAUGCUAUGUUCAAGAUUGUCAAUAAAUAAUUAUUUCUAACACUGGG